GCCUCAGCCGUUCCUUGCAGCCGCCCGCCUACUCGAUUAUAGUUUCUCGAGAUCUCUCCGGCGCCCGGCUAGCUGCUACGCAGUACCUACCUAGGCAGUGGCGGGCGUUGCCAUGGCCAUGGAGGAGCACAAGCCGCUGGCGGCCAUGGUGGUGGUGCAGUGCAUCUACGCGGCCAUGGCGCUGUGGGCCAAGGCCAUGUUCAGCCGCGGCAUGAACCCCAUGGUGUUCGUCGUCUACAGGCAGGCCAUCGCCACCGCUGUCCUCGUCCCCAUCACCUUGCUCGCCAACAGGAAGAGGCUGAAGGAGAUUGUUUGCAUCGGGACGACAGGCUUCGCGCUGGUGUUCUUGGCCUCUCUCGUCGGGGCGACGGCGAAUCAGUACAUGUACUACCAAGGCAUCUACCUGGGAUCAUCGUCCAUGGCGACGGCCAUGACGAACCUAAUACCGGCGAUCACCUUCGUGCUGGCGACGUCAGUAGGUCUAGAAAGCGUGGAGAUCAGGAAGCCGCGAAGCAUGGCCAAGAUAUUCGGCACCGCCGUCUGCGUCGGAGGCGCCAUGGUCAUGACCUUCCUCAAGGGCCCCAAGCUGCUGCACGACUCGCUGGGCGUCGGCGGCGCCGGGCUGGACCUGGACGACCUGCUUCUUCUCAACUCGCCCGCGAGCCGGAACUGGGUGAUGGGCGCGCUGUUCCUCGUCGGCAGCAGCUCCUGCUGGUCGCUCUGGCUCAUCAUACAGGUUCCGAUCUGCAAAUCGUACGUGGAUCCCCUGACGCUGUCGGCCUGGAUGUGCUUCCUGUCCACGGCGCAGAUGGCGUUGCUCAACUCCUUCGUGCUGCCGGACCUCGACGCCUGGAAGAUCAACUCGCUCUUCGAGCUCAUGGGCUGCAUCUUCGCCGGCGCGGUUGGGUCAGGCGUGACGUUCUACCUGCAGUCGUGGUGCAUAACGGUGAGGGGCCCUCUCUACUCGGCCAUGUUCAACCCCCUCUGCACCGUCGUCACCACCGUGCUCGCCACCGUCAUCCUCCACGAACAGCCACACAUCGGAAGCUUGUUGGGUGCAUUGGCCGUCGUCGCCGGGCUGUACAUUGUGCUUUGGGGCAAAGCAGGGGACGCCAAGAUCCGGCGGGCGGCGGAGCACGCCGAAGAUCUGGAGAAGACAUGGUCGGGCUCGCAGCUCCUCGACGCGGAAAGUACGAUCACCGAGCCGCUCCUAGCGGACGACAACCAGAUCGAGAAGUAGCCAGGGGCUCUACAAUUUUGGAAUGGCCAGUGAUCUUUCCCAGCUCAUGGUCCCAUGUGUUUUUGUAGCUUCAGGGUUGUUUUUUGAGGGAGAGUACUAGUGUGCUGGUGGAGCAUGUGGGCAUGGGCAUCAUGUCGCCGCUGAUGUACAAAAUAUAAUGCCCGUGAAUGUUGCUGUGUCCCACAAAUUUAAGAUGAGUCAGGGGGUGCUUACCAAUUACGGCAACACUGUCUUCACAAUUCGGUGGCUACAAUCAAUCGUACUUUCACCGUGUCA